GAGGAACCGUGUUAAAGAGCUGCAGCAUUAGGAAGGCUGAGAACCAUUUCUAGAGGAUCGUCUAACCCCUUUUAGAAGAUGGUAAUGAUUACACUGAAACCUGUCACUGAGUAAUUUCUCCUGGCAUAAGAAAUAGACAAUAGGAAUGGCAUUCCGCAUAGAUGAAACCAAGGCUGUGGUUGAAAGCUUUGGGACCACACCCUAUGAAUAUGAGUGGGCAACACCCUGUGAAAAAGUCAGCAUCAAAGAGCUGGGGUCAUGGCUCCUGCCUCCACUGUACUCCCUGGUGUUUAUCAUUGGCCUCCUGGGCAACACUGUGGUUUUGUUGAUCCUCAUAAAGUAUAGGAAGCUCCGAAUUAUGACUAAUAUCUACUUGCUCAACUUGGCGAUUUCUGACCUCCUCUUUCUCUUCACUGUUCCAUUCUGGAUUCACUAUGUUAUGUGGAAUGAGUGGGGUUUUGGCCAUCACAUGUGUAAACUAAUCACAGGGUUUUAUUACCUUGCCUUGUACAGCGAAAUCUUUUUCAUCAUCCUGCUGACAAUUGACAGGUACCUGGCCAUUGUCCAUGCUGUGUUUGCUCUUAGAGCUCGGACUGUGACUUUUGCUACCAUCACCAGCAUCAUCACUUGGGGACUGGCAGGUUUGGCAGCAUUCCCUGAAUUUAUCUUCCAUGAGUCCCAAGACAUCUUUGGAGAACAUUUCUGUGGUCCUCAUUACCCAGAAGGUGAAGAAGACAGCUGGAAGCAUUUCCAUGCUCUGAGAAUGAAUAUCUUUGGUUUAGCUCUCCCUCUACUCAUUAUGGUUAUCUGCUACUCAGGAAUCAUUAAAACUCUGCUGAGAUGCCCCAACAAAAAAAAGUACAAGGCAAUUCGGCUUAUUUUUGUUGUCAUGAUAGUCUUUUUUAUUUUUUGGACCCCAUACAACCUGGUUCUCCUUCUCUCUGCUUUUCACAGCACAUUUUUAGAGAACAGCUGUCAACAGAGCAAACACCUGGACCUGGCCAUGCAGGUGACUGAGGUGAUUGCCUACACCCACUGCUGUAUCAACCCAAUCAUCUAUGCCUUUGUUGGUGAGAGGUUCCGGAAACACCUUCGGCUCUUUUUCAACAGACAUGUGGCAAUCUACCUAGGAAAAUAUAUUCCAUUCUUUCCUGGUGAGAAAAUGGAAAGAACCAGUUCUGUCUCCCCAUCAACUGGGGAACAAGAAAUCUCUGUGGCGUUUUAGUUGGGCAGAGAAAACUUGCCCACGUUAUAUGAAAUGGAAGAUGAAGCAAACACAUAAAGUCAAUCACAAUGACCCCUAGGUCAGUCAUUUGUACUUUUCAUGAAGCACUGAUGAUCUUAAAGACCUUAAAACACACAUAGACCUUCAGUACAUCUUCAUGUACUAUCAGAAGUCAUUUGCUGAUCAGUUGAUAAUUCAUCAAACACGAAAAACAAUAGCUAUUCUUGAGUCUUUGAAGAGUUACAUGUAUUUUAAUUCACUUAAAUGUUAAAUAUUAAAUGUUAAAUAUUCAGCACAAGUAUUUUUUAAAAAAUAUUUUAAGCUUCUUUUUCAGCCAUCACUUGAUAUUAGUGAAAUGUUUCACAAAAUUCAUUUACUUAAUUUCCUAAGUAGUUUCUUUUUCUCUUGAUGAAUGACUUUUUCUUCUUAAUUAUUAUUAUUAUUUGUGUAUGGACAAUUACUGUUGCAGGAGACUGGCUGUCAUAUCUUGUUUAAUUAUUCUUAAAAGUCAAAUGAGUUCCUAUUCAUGUCAAGUUAUCACAUUUCCUGCUAGUGACUAAAAGGAACACAUUGUCCUCCUAAAUGCCAAUUUCACAUUGGGGCCAUAUGUAUUGAGGAGUCCAGAUGUACUACUCUAGUUCAAUUCUUCUUAAAUUUGACAUUAUAAGUAGUUGGAGGGUGUGCUGACCCAUGGAUAGAUGACUCUUAUUAUAGAAGAAGAGUAGAGAUUUAGAGAUAGGUAUCAAGAAUGACAGAUAAGUUGGAAGAAAAAUCCUUUCCUACCUGGCCUUACUUACUAAAAAGAGCACAUACAAGGAAAGCCAAUAUCACACAGAAGAAACUGGUGCUAUAUAAAUAACCUAAGAAUGAUCAGAAUUCAUAUAGUACAAUGUUUUUGAGUGUCUGUCUUUUUCAGAUAUUAUCCCCCUUCUAUGAAUCUCAAGAAUAUCUUUUUAUCUUUCUUAAUAAACUACCUCUAUUUCUAUCGUUAUCAAUAUGUUUCUGGUCAGAUUCAUUAUUCUGAUACCCAAGACCCUAGAAAUAUCAGUAGGUGCUCUCGGGUUUCAGAUAUAUCCUCAUAACACCACCCCAGAGAUUAUGAUUCAUGUUUGAAGAGAGACCUGAGCAUGAACAACAGGUUCCCAGGUGAUGGCCAUGAUACUUGUCACAUGACUACACUUUUAGAACUGUUAUAACUAUGAUGCUUUCAGAGACUUGACAACUGAAACUGAGCCCUUUAGAUGUCUGUGAUAAGGUUAUCUGCAAUUAUGGUCAGCCUAUAAGAUAUGCUAGCCCAUCUGAAACCCAUUAGUGUAGUAGGAACUUCUAGUCUAUCAGUUUUAUUCAGUUGAGCUUUUCUUGAGUGUCUGUAUUUAAUAUCUUGAGCUAGAAGCAGUGAGAGACACAAAAAUGAGUGAGGAAGAAAAAUAGAAGACAUGGUUCAGGUCACUUUUUCUCACUCCUUUUCUUUUCCCUGUUUAUAGCUUCUUGAGGGAGUAAGUUCUAUGAUUUUUCUCAAUUUGUAUUUGUAGUAUGGCACUUUUUCUGGGUAAAACAUGAUCAUUUCAUAAUUAUUUUUAAGUAGAUCGCUCAAUAGUGAUGCUAUUGAGGCUACUGAUACUCCAUAGUAGGAAGGGAUCUAUAGUCACAGAACCCUCAUCUUGGAUUCCAACCAUUACUCUCUUCUGCCUCAACUUGCACAUGAUCUUGGGAGAUGCUAAUGAUAUAUAAGAAUGAAGUUCCAUGAGGUCAUGAUCCAUGAUGGAACAAAACUUUGUGAUUAUGUAGCUGUUUGGAAUAACUCUCACUCUUUUACGCAUCCUCUCAAUAAUGCUCUGUAAGUAGGCUCAAUAAACUCACUGGUUUGCCAAUUUGAA